AUGCCGAACGGCUGUCAGGCUGAGGCGUGCCUGACCGAACGUGUCGGAUCGCAAGGCAAGGCUGCUGCAGCUGGGCUCGGUGAAAGAGCCGGCAUCGCACGCUCCCCAAAGGUGUCGCUCGCUCCGGCACCGCCCAUCACCAUUCCCACCCCACGCCAUCUCAAGCGCCUGUCUCUCUGCUCGCCAACGCUGCCCUCCUUCCCGCUCCUGCGCGAGGGCCCCACCCACGACUUGUUCUCUCCGGCAGCCACAUCCGACCUCGAUCGCACACAGUCCUCGCCAGACACCUCGAGCCGUUCGGCCGUAUCCGAGUCGCCGCCCUCGUUCGAAAGGCGACCUUCGCACGGUCCGGACGGCCUCGCCUCCGCAUCUUCGCACGACAUCAAGCUCCAACGCGCAAGGAAGGCCGUCCAUCAUAUGCGAACUUACUCCUCCCAGUCCACCGCCAGCUUCGCCUCACAUGCAUCAGCCUCGCGUCAACCAUCGGCAGAGAUCCUAGAGGAGGACGAGCCCACCUCGUCCAGCCCGACCAUACACAGGACCCGCCGCGAUCCCACCACUCCCGCUGCCAUGUCCACAUCCUCUGCAAACAACUCGCCGCAGCACUCCCGCUUCGGCUCCCGCUCCGAUGCAGGCUCCAUCUACAAUGCAGACCGCAACAUGUCCUCCUCCAUGCUCUCCGUCGUCGACCCCGCCGACAUGGACGAGAUCGAGAACAGCGUGCGCCAGUCCAAGACCAUCGAGGACUUCACCAACAUCAUCACCGAGUUCCGCAUGAACAGGCACACCCUCUGCUCCGACUCCCUCGCUGGACAACAUCCUCCCGAUUCAGGUACGAUCCCAAUGAGUGCGAGCAGCCACAGCAUCGACCAGCGCUCCGAAGUCGGAGAGACGCCUCGAUGCACCUGCUGCUGCAGCAAGGACGAUUGUCCACGCGCCCUACGCGCUCGUCAGGAGUGGCGCGACCUCGAGGCCGACCUCCGCCUCAGCGCCGAGAUCGGACAGGCCUUGCUCCGCCGUCAUGACGCCAUGCAGUCAAAGCUGCAAAAGCAAGCGGAAGAGUACAUGCAGCAGCGCGACGGUCUCAUGACCAGGCUCACAAAGAGCUACAAGGAGACAUCCGCCCUCGAACGCGAGCUCGCACAGUCCAAUCUCAACCUCGAAGCAGGCGACAGCAGCAAUCGCGCCCUCCUGCACGAGCUCGACGAAGCUCGCAAGCAGCUCAACAAGCUCAAAGCCAACCACACACGUCUCAGUGGCGCCGAGGAAAAGGCCGCCUCGCUUCAGCGAGAGCUCGACGAUCUCAAGCAGGAACUCGCUGCCGAGCGCAAACGCGGCCAAGCUGCAGAGGCCAGAUCCAAAAAGCUCGAGCUCAAAUCCUCUCAGCUCAAAGACGCGCUUGCCAGUGCUCGUAAGAGCGCAGCCGUCGAGCCUCCAUCCGACGGUCGCGCGCUCAUGGACCAAGCAGCCAUCCAACUCGCCAAGGAUCGACUGGCACGCGCCUCACAUCACCAGCGCAUCUCGUCUCUCGACACCAGCGCUGCAGCAGUCGACGACGAUGCAGAGCAUUCGCAAGCCAUCCAGACGCUGGUUCGCGACAACGAAGCUCUCCGCGGCGACAAUGAAAAGCUCAAGGCUCUUGUCGACGCCUCCAACGAAGAACUCGAAGUCCUUCGCAACUCGGUCACAAACGCCAUAUCCCUUGUCGCCUCCCCCAUACCGGACGCCGCCAACUUUGAAGAGAGCGCCUCUUCUUAUCUCGACAUCCACGCAUCAGCAGCAAGCAAUCCAAGUGGCCAACUCUCUCCGUCAGCACAUGCGACCGCCGUUGCGCCACGCGCUCCAGCACAACGCACCACCUCGCAUGCCUCCUCGGCCGGCUCGUUCACCUUCCCUCCGACGUCGCCAACAACAUCGGAGCGGGUCGAAACCUCCCUCUCGCGCAGCGCCUCGCUCGCGCUCACGGCAGACAGCAGCGCAGCGAGCCAGGCUGCGGAAUCCAUCGCCUUUGUGCCCAGCUCCCGAUCGAGCGAAACCAGCCGCGAUACAGAGAAGCAGACCGCCGACUUUCUCAGCUCGGAUCCUAACCGCCGCGAGAAUCGAACAGCGCAGCUCAGCAACCUCCUCGAGUACAUCAACCGACUCUUUACGCGUCUAUCCACUGCCGAUGUCGACACUCUCACCCGACGCUUGCAACGCCAGAACCUCGCCGGCGACGCUGGUCACCUCGCUCGCACCACGGUACACUCCAUCCUACGUGACGUCGAUGGCUUGCGCGAUCACUUCCGCAAGCUCAUCGAAGCCGAGGCAAGGAAUCAUGCGCGCGACGACAACUCGUCGCAUUCGAGAGACUUUGCAAACGAGAGCCUCGUGGCGAGAAAGGAGUUCUUUGCUCUUCUCAAAGCGUUCCGAGACAUCCUUUGCGAGUUGGCCAAGCUCCGCCUCUGUGUCAACGACAUUCACCUCAAUCCGGGCCAAGCAGCCAAACUGCUCCACGAACACCUCGGCGCAAACACGGCAGAGGACAGGUCGCUCAUCCCCAUCCCUUCGGCCGUCAACUGGCUCGGCAAAAUGCUAUUGGGCGGGCCAAGCGGUGCUCCUUCCACUCCGUCUUCCGGCGUUGUCACUCCAACGGGGUCUUCUGCUGCGCCGGAUGCAGCGUCGUCGAGCGGCGCGAAAGCGGGCCGUCCGCUUACGGGACGCACGAUCUCUGGCCAUCUCGCGCCUCGAGCUUCGCCUGCCGUCGUCUCGUCCACACUGGCCGUCGAGGUCAAGGGCACCCACGCGUCCGCCGCAGAGACGGCCCAGUCGCGCCUCUCCACCUCGCCAAACACGCCUGUGGGCGGUGGCUUGCGAGCAGGCCCACGUGCCCAACGUGGUCGAUCGAACGCCUCUCUCACGCGCGUACAAUCCCGCAACCUUUCUGGUCUGUUUGCAGGAAGCCUUGCGCCAUCCUAUGCCAGCCUCGAUGUAGCAAGGGGUGUGCCUUUGGACUCAGGAAACAGCCUUGCACCGACAGGCUCCGUGCGGCCAAGGGACCAUGCUGCCAAGUCGACAAAGCCUUGGCAGCGGCCGCUGUCGAGGAUCGUGGAUGACGACGAGAUCAGCAUUCACCGCGGCAGGGCGAUUCGGCAACAGGUGUUUGAAGACAGCGGCGAUGAAGGAUCAGACGACGAGAUGAAUGCAAGCAGCAAUCUUCUCGAGCGCACCUUGCGACCUCGUGGACUGAGCGACAGCUCGAUCCGCAGCACGUUUAUCGACAUGGCCGACGGCAUGGGCGGAGGACCCAUUUCGCCGGCUGCCAAUCGGAUUCGGCCCUCUCCGAUCUCGCGCAUCAUUACGCCAGCGACUCUUUCGCUUCACUCGACGCCGAGUGCUGCACCUGCGACGGUUCCUUCAUCCAAGAUCGAAGACGACGCGAGCGCUUCUCCAUCCGUCUCUUCGGAAAGGUCGGGCAGCUUGACGCCAGGAGGCGCUGGUCUCGCAAGCGGUGUCGCCAGCUCCAUCCUGAGCAGGUCCGAAAAGGUGCUGUCGUUCUUCAGCGGCGGUGUCGUAGGCUCGGGUGUACCCAUCCAGCCUGCUUCGGCGACGGUGAGCGCGGGUGGGCCGAGCCUGCGUCAAACUCCCUCGAUCGCUGCGCUCAACCGAGCUGCGGCUCGCGGUGCAGCUUCGCACGACCUUUCCGUGUCUCCACGCACCAAUUCCGCAUCGCCUGCAGCCGCAGCGGAGUCCCGCGCACAGGCUGGCCUCGGCCUGGGCUUGCCACCGCGACCAGGUCUGGGUGGCGCCGGUAGCGGACGUGCCGGUUUCUGA